AGAAUUUCAAAUCUACAGUAGCUCUGCACUGCACCGUUAUUUCAUUGUGUGCGCCUGCGCCAUAGUGCGCGCGCGCUGGAGCUCAAACCCAAACUUCCGUUGGAAGCACCAAACUUUGAUGCACUCUAUGGUUGGAAGACGAAAGCCGGAAGUUUGGUUUUGUCAAAUGGUUUGAAUUCACUUUCGUGAGGCGCUAUAUUACUAGCCAGUAAAGUAGGACAGCACCGAUAAAUUGAAGCAAAUGGUCAAUGAUCGAAAUUAUUUCAAUACAUGUUACCGCAUACACGAAGGAAAGUUUGAAUAAAUUCCCGUCUUGACGUUCGCCAGAUUGGCUGGCUAGAAGCAACCACGUUUUUGCUCAUAAUUUAGGGCUACUAAAUGAUUAAUGACGGUAUCCAACGUCUUGUCAUUUAGUCCGAAUGGAACAUUAUAGAAAGAGGGAUCAUUGGCUAGCUUGGAUCUGAUCGUUGGUCGUUUUAGUUUCCGCGAAUAAGUUCGCAUGUAAAGCAAAUUUGGCGAUGCUAGUCAGCGAUCACGGCUCUCACCUUGUGUGCUGUCACUUCAUGAAUUCAUUUUGGUGUUAAGAUUUGAAGGCAUCACUCACGCAAUGGAAUGGAUGCAGAUGCUCUUUUGCAGCGGUUUGACGGACGCUCCAGGCUGCUUCUGCGGUCGCUGCUAUCGUGUAGCAGAGCAGAUCGCAGGGCGCUAUGGGUGUUCUACCGUCUGCGACGAUGUGAACCGGACCUCUUCAUGCAUGAUUGUCUGGACACCCUGUGCCAAGACGAACCGUGUUUGGACGGGGAAGCUUUAACUCUGCCAUUGGUGUGUCUGUUCCCCGUUGCCUUCAAACGCAAUCUGUUGUCCUUCCUGCACCUGGUCCACCCCAUGCUCCCCACACCUGGCUUGGUCCGCCUGUUGGACUGCCUCACUCGGGACCCCAGCCACGACCCAUGGAUUUCGGCACUGCUUGGACAGCUAGGCCGGGACCUGCACCCGCAGGCCUGCAGCAAGCACCCUCUGCUCACCCCACAGGGCAGAGACAGACUGGGGGAGCUGUGUGCCAGACUGGCGCCCUGUGGAGGAGGGGGGCCCGGGGGGAGCGUUUCCUGGUCUAGCAGGCUGGCCGCCGUGGCCCUUCCGGGCCCUGGGUCUCAGAGGAAGAGGACCAGCGAAAGCGCGGGGUUUGACAUUGAGGGGGAGGCAGCGGCGCUCCAAAGCAAGAGGAGGAGGCUGGACCGGGCUGGUGAGGAGGCGCUGCCUUCAGAAACUGACGGACUUCAGCAGGGAGGCUCGCACCUGGCGGGUGACCUUGAGAUUGUUCCCAUGGAGACCGUGUCCUUGGAAGGUGGCGUGGCACCACAGCCGCUAUCACCUGCGGGUGCGAGUAGCGUUCUAUCCGAGAACAUAAAGGCUUCCAUUCCUCGAAUCAAGGAACUGUUGGAGACGGAGUGGGAUGAGGGCUCCUCUUCAGUCCUCCAAGUGCUGAAUGAAUGCGACCCAUCUCAGGUGGAGCUCUUAUGCGAAGCUCUUUGUCUGUCAGAGGUGCCAGAGCCGACUCUUCCUCAGUUCAUCACCUCAUUACUGGCCCUGUCUCCAGACCUCAGCUUUAGCACGGCUGCUACGCUAAUCAGAAACCUCUUCUGCGGAAAGGUUCACGGUCUGUCAGAACCUGCUUCACGUUGCCUGGUUACUGCAGUGACUUCACUCUGCAGCCGGUACCCCCGCUCAACCUGCUCUGCUCUCAUUGGCCCGGUCCUGGAGGCGGGGCAAACGGGCAGUGCACAAGCUGAGCUGCUCUGUAGGCUGAUCGAGGACUGUCUGGAACCCCAUUAUCAGAUCCUGGUGUUCGAACAGGUGUUGGCGGUGCCGUGGGGUGAGGGUGUGUUGUCUGUCCUCCACACUCUGCUGGACUGUCAGCUGGAGCUCAGUGAGGCCACAUUCUCUCUCUUCACCGCCCGGCUGAGCCAGCAGGCACCUCCGUUCGCCACCUCAAUGAAGUUUGCAAAAAUGGUGUUGACCGUGCUCACCAAGUACCACAGCCAUGUGAAUACGGCACACAAGCAUUCCCUGGCCUGCUGCCUGGACCAGAACCAGACCUUUCUGAAGAAGUCCCUUCAAGCUGCCUUGAAAAGAAUCAGCCCAUCUUAACAGCCCAAAGACUUGUUGUGCUGCAGUGCAUUCUGGGAGAACUGAAGAGGACCGGCCUGUCCUAACAGGCCUAAAGACUGCAGUGCAUUCUUAGAGUUCACUGAGGGCACUUUUGGCAGAUCUUUUGAGCUGUGCCUCCCUGUUAUAUUGUCUGCACUGAAGAAUGAGAAGCAUUGUUUGUAUUGCAAAUAUUUGAGUUUUUGUUAAGUGAAUCUUCUUAAUAUGUGAUGUUGUUUUUACGUUGAAGGUGCUUUCUUUUCCAGUCAAUGGAAAUGUAUUUGAACUAUUUGACAGCAAAAUAAAUAACCACAAAUUCCA